AUGGUAUAUGUGAAGUCACUGCUCCGUCGUACUGAUAACUUCAUGUACAUUGUGAAGAAGAAUGCUGGCGCCCGAAAGGCGUUUCUGGUGGAUUUAGUGAACGAAGAGAAUUAUCAAGACUUGGCUGAAAAGGAGAAUAUCGAUAUCACUGCUGUUCUCACCACCCAUCAUCAUUACGAUCAUUGCGGGGGAAACGAAGGAUUCCGUCGUCAGUUUCCAAGUGUUCCAAUUUACGGUGGUGAUGAGAGAGUUCCGGCUUUGAACCAGCCAGUCAAACAUAAUCAAGUCGUCGAACUAGCUGAUUUGAAGAUUCGUUGUCUUUCAACACCAUGUCACACGUCUGGUCAUGUCUGCUACUUCAUUACCGAUCCUUCGAAUGAAUCAGAAGUUCCAGUCGUUUUCACUGGUGACACACUUUUUAUUGCUGGAUGUGGAAGAUUCUUCGAAGGAACUGCUCCACAAAUGGACACUGCUCUCAAUCGAAUUCUCAAAAAUCUUCCCGAUGACACUUCCGUUUUUCCUGGCCAUGAAUACACUGUCGCCAAUCUGAAAUUCGCUGCCUACGUGGAACCUAGAAACCCGGAUGUCGCUGCCAAGUUGCAAUGGGCAACAGAGCAAAGGGAAAACGGGGCAUUCACUGUUCCGAGUACAAUUUUCGAGGAGAAAGCAACGAAUCCAUUCAUGAGAGUUGUAGAAUCAGAGGAGAUUCAAAAGAAAAUCGAUACCAACGACCCAAUCGAAGGAAUGGCGAAACUCAGGGAAAUGAAAAAUAAUUUCUAA